GAUGGGGAGGUGGAUUGAUCUCUUGUAGUAUUAUCUCUUAUCGUUAUCCAACCAUGCAUCCCCCUACCACUAUACAUAAUUUUAUAGAGAAGCGUCAUCUGAUAACGUUCAAACUCGCAUGGUCGACAUUUAUAAUAUGUCUUUGUGCCUUACAAUUUGGAUAUCAUUUGGCAGAGUUGAACGCACCAGGAGACGUAUUAUCUUGCCAUUUUCAUAAACCAGGACCGGCAGAUAGUUACAAUGACACUAUAUGGUAUCAGUUUGGACGUAACCAAUGCAUUCCAAUGUCAGAGCAAGGUGUUGCUUACAUCACUACUCUGUUUACGGUAGGUGGAUUACUUGUGUCUGUCUUAUUAGGAUCAACUUCGAUAUCAAUGGAUUAUGGCAGGAAACCUUUGUUGCUUGGGUCAUCUCUGUUCUUUGUCCUUGGUUCAUUGUUGAUGAUAUUAGCUAAUAAUAUCUGGAUCAUGAAUUUAGGGAGAUUGUUCAAUGGGAUUGGUUGUGGAAGUGCCUUGACUAUAUCGCCAAUAUUAAUUAAUGAAUUGACCCCAAUAAACCAUCGAGGAUUGAUGGGUGCAAUUAUGCAAAUUGCUGUGUCUGUGGGAAUUUUCUUGGCACAAUUAGUGUCGUACUUCUUCUCCAAUGAUCAACAAUGGAGAAUUGUGUUUGUAUUUGCAUUCGGGAUCGCCUUGGUUCAAUUAGUGGGAUUGUUUACUAUUCCAGAAUCACCAAAGUGGUUAAUUCUUAAUAAUGCUGAUGUUGUUACUGCGACAGAAAUUUUGACAGAGUUGCGUACGGAUCAUUCCACCAUUGAGCAUGAAAUUGAACAUUGGAAACAUUUGACUUUUGGUCCUAUCAAGGAGACUAGUGAAGUCAGUCCCUUGUUACAACGUCAUAAUAGCACUGUGUCUGUAUGUUCAUCAGUGUCUUCCAGACAAUCAUUGGAACCACCCGCAGUUACGAUUUACGAUUUUAUAUUUACAAGAAAGUAUAGACAUCAGUUUAUUGCCGUUGUUUUGAUCAUGACUGGUCAACAAUUACUGGGAAUGAAUGCAAUUACAUACUACGGAGUUAAGAUAUUGAAUACAGUGUUUAAUCAUCAUGGUUCUGGAGGUGGUAAUCGAGUUCUCGUGUUAACAUGUGCAUUCUCAGUAGUGAAUAUGAUUAGUUCUACGGUUGUUGCACCAUUAAUUGAUAGAAUAGGAAGAAAGCCAUUGCUUUUAGCCUCAGUAGCUACAUGUGGUAUAUGCUCAUUAGUGUUGGCCAUUGGAAUUCCUAAUAAGUAUGACAUUGCUGUGAUAACAGCAUGUUACGGGUUUAUAAUUGGAUUUGCAAUUGGAUUAGGACCAAUUCCAUUCUUGAUGAUUUCCGAAUUGACCGGGCAUGAAGUUGUAUCAUUAGCGCAAUCAUUCGGUACGGUUACAAAUUGGACUUCAAAUAUGAUUAUUGCGUUCAUGUUCCCGUUAUUACAGAAUUUGAUUGGCGGGGUGGUUUUCUAUAUAUUUUCUGUCAUUUGUUUGGUUUAUUUCGUGGCUUUCUGGUUCAAGAUUCCUGAAACUAAGGGAAUCCAUCAUGUUGUUGAAGUGUGGAGAGAUUAUGAUUAAAUAUGGUUAGAUUUUUAUAUAAAUGUUUGAUCAGUAUAUGCAAUGUAAAACUAUAGGCGAACCAAUUCAAGGAAGCUGCAAGAGAGCGUUGUCAGGUAAACUAAACAGUGGGGCAUAAACAAUUGUCCCAAAACGUCAAACAUCUUUUUUAGUCAGAUUUUAUUAAUAUGCCCGGGUAAUGUUUCAAACAUGCAUUUUUAACUCAUGCGACCCACAUCACCAGAUAUCACAAAAACAUAAGCCAUGAAAUUUAACUGUUUCACCACCCUCCCCUAACCAAUGAAACUU